CUGCUGCUUCUCUAUAUAUAUCUCUUUGACAAUCUCCUUGCCGCUCUGUCUCUCUCUCUCUCUCUCAAAUGCCAUAUUUCUUUUCCGCUUCUCUGUCUUUUCAUUCCCUGUACAACCUUCUCUCUCUCUCUCUCUCUCUCUGAAAUCAUAAACCAUGCUUCUUAGGAGCUCCUCCGCACCUAUCUUGAAGUCAUGGGUACCCCACUCCAAGGAUUCAUCCCCCGAGGCCGACGCGCUUCCAAGGACCAGAUCAGUUUCUUUCUCAAAAUCUUUUAAUCGUUAUCCCAUUGAAGACUCAACGAAGAAGGUGACCCAAAUCUUGACUGAAACGGACUUUCAAGCUCCACCAAAGCCCAGAAAGAAGAAUCCCGUAUCUCACUCCCCUAAAAAACAACAAAAAAUUACAAUCAAGGGCGAAGAAGAAGAACAAGAGCAAAAACGCAAUUUUUUACCUUCAUUAUAUUCGAUUCAGAGGCUCUUUUCAAGCUCUGGGUUGGGUGAUACGGUGGUGGACGAUGAGGAACGUGCUGUGGAGAAGAAAGAUAGUUUGUUGCAGACUCUGGUGGUGGGUGGUGGAGGUGGGAGCGAUGGUGGUCGGGUUUGUGGCGGUGGUGGGAGAGGAUCAGACGGUGGAGACGGAGGUGAUCAUGAUGGGUCAGGGUCUUUUGAAAGUAAUAAUCAUGGGAGUGAAAACACAGACGCUUAUUACCAGAAGAUGAUCGAAGCAAACCCAGGCAAUGCGCUCUUGCUUGGAAACUAUGCAAAGUUUUUGAAAGAGGUUCGCGGAGAUUUCGCUAGAGCAGAAGAGUAUUGUGGAAGGGCCAUUUUGGCUAACCCAAGUGAUGGGAAUGUUUUAUCUCUCUAUGCCGAUUUGAUAUGGCAAUCAAAGAAGGAUGCUGAUCGAGCCGAGAGUUAUUAUCAUCAAGCUGUCAAAACCGCCCCAGACGAUUGUUAUGUCUUAGCUUCAUAUGCUCGAUUUCUUUGGGAUGCCGAAGAAGAGGAUGAUCAAGAGGAACAACAUGAACGUGGCCACAACCUUGCAACCCUGCCAAAUCUCUUCCAAGGAGCUUCUCACCAUUCUCCUUUUACUGCAGCCUCUUAAUCUCAAAUCUUCAGCUCUCUUUCUCUUUCUCUUUCUCUCUCUCUCCCCUGUGAGAUAGCUCAAGUAACGUAGUAGACAAUAAAUACCGUACCCCCUUUUCUGUAAAUUUGGGUAAGAAGUCCCGACCGUAAAUUUUCAUCAGCUGGAGAAAUUUUUUGUACGUUUGUUGAGGAAAUAUAUAUAUAUAUAUAUAUAUAUAUAUCUACUA